AUGAAAGUUGCGGUUCUUUACGGAGAAGGGAAAACAUUUUGCGCCGGCUAUGACCUUGAAGAAGUUUCCAAAGGCGAAUUCGCGGAAAUUGAUCCGACGUUUACAGAUAAAUACCGAUAUAUGGGUCCAUCUAUAAUGAAGCUAAAGAAGCCACUAAUUGCCGCGAUCGAUGGCUAUGCAGAUGCAGCGGACCUUCGAGUCUGCACGCCUUCUGCAAAAUUUGGCGUGUUUUGCCGAAAAGUUGGUGUUCCGCUGAUCGAUGGUGGAACAGUGAGACUGCCGCGAAUUGUUGGGCUUGGAAGAGCUUUGGAUUUAAUACUAACUGGAAGAGAAGUGGAAGCAAAUGAAGCUUUAAACAUGGGACUUGUGAACCGUAUUGCAGUCUCGGGGAACGUAGUGCAAGAAGCUUGUGAUCUUGCAAAGCUCAUUGCUAGUCACCCGGAAGAGUGUAUGCUGGCUGAUCGCGCUUCCGCCUAUUAUUCUCUAGACCACACCGAAGAUGAAAGUUUUGCAAAUGAAUUUGAAAGCUGCCGAGUACUUGCAGAGAGCAUUAAAGGAGCACAAAAGUUCAUCAACCGUAAAUCGAAAAUUUAAGUUGCCUCCGCAAAAUCUGAAGCGGAAUCUCUUGUCGAGGAGCUUUACGACCGCUGGUACAUCGCCGGCACUUAUGCCAUUGAAUUGUCGAAAAAAAUGCUCAAAUUUUGCAUCCUCUUUCUAAUUCCGUUCGUCCAUUCAGAUGAAUUGCCGGAGGAGAUGAAGAUCGGAGAGUUGAUCGCAAACAAAUAUAUGACUAGUUGGGCGAAUGGCGAUUGGACAUCAUUGCGGACGAUGCAUUUGCUUCGUUAUUUCACGAUCAAUAUUUGCGAUAUUGAUUACAAAAAUAUCGAGGAUUAUAUGGGCCGUUUGAAACUUGAGAAGGACUUUGUGCAAGCAAAAGAAAUGAAAGUUAUUGGCGCUUCCAAAUUGAGCCCAAAAGAGACGAGAAUGGAUUAUGUGGAAUAUGCGUACCAUAAAAAUGGGAGAAAAACCGCUGUGGAUGGCUACAUGAUAAUUAAAUUCAUUGGUGGACGCUAUUUCCCUCGCUUUGCGGAGCAAAAUUGUGUCAGAAAUUUACUAUUCUAA